CGCUUCGUCUCUCACAGGCCCAACGCGCCGCCGCCGCCGCCGGCCAUGUUCCGCCGCUUCCUCCCACACCGCCGCCUCUUCUCCACCUCGUCAGCCUCGAAUGCCACUCCGACCCUCUACUCUAACGGAACCACCCCAUUCUCUCUCCUCUCGUGGGGCCGUGGCGCGUCCGGCCAGCUCGGCGGCGGCAAGGAGGAGCGCCGCCUCUACCCGUCGCCCGUCGCCCACCUCCUUCUCCCCGAUUCAGACCCGCGACUCGCGCCCACCCCCGGACGCCUCCCUUCCGAGGGGGAGACGUCUGGCUUGGAGGUGGGGAUCUCCUGCGGGCUCUUCCACUCCGCGCUCCUCGUGGAAGGAGGCGCCUGGGUGUGGGGCAAGGGCGACGGCGGCCGCCUCGGCCUCGGUGACGAGUCGUCCGCUUUCGUUCCCCGACACAACCCCAAUCUCCGGGACCUCCGCCUCCUCGCGCUAGGCGGCAUCCAUUCCGCGGCGCUGACCACCGCCGGUGACGUCUUCACCUGGGGUUAUGGUGGAUUUGGAGCUCUGGGGCACUAUGUAUACCAUAGAGAGCUUUUGCCAAGGCAAGUGAAAGGCCCUUGGGAAGGGAAGAUAAGGCACAUUGCUACAAGUGGUGCGCAUACUGCAGCAAUUACUGACUCAGGUGAACUUUACACCUGGGGUCGUGAUGAAGGUGAUGGAAGGCUGGGGCUUGGGAGUGGAGGUGGUCCAGGUGAAGCUGGCUCCCUCAGUGUUCCUUCCAAGGUGAAUUCAUUGCCUGUUCCAGUUGCUGCUGUAGCUUGUGGUGGUUUCUUCACAAUGGCGCUGACUUCAGACGGGCAACUAUGGAGUUGGGGAGCAAAUUCAAACUUCGAACUGGGUAGAGGAAGCAAUUUCAGUGAUUGGAGACCACAGCUUGUCCCUAGUCUGAAAAAUAUCCAUGUAAUCCAAGUAGCAUGUGGUGGAUAUCAUUCUCUAGCUUUGACUGAUGAAGGUGAAGUUCUAUCUUGGGGGCAUGGUGGGCAUGGACAACUUGGACAUCCAACCCUUCAAAACCAUAGAGUCCCACUUGCCAUCAAAGCUUUAUCUGAGGAGCGAAUUGUCUAUAUAGCCUGUGGAGGAUCGACCUCUGCUGCUAUAUCAGAGAAAGGUGACUUGUACAUGUGGGGAAAUGCAAGAGACUGCCAGUUAGGCGUCCCUGGUCUACCAGAAGUUCAGCCACUCCCUGUCAAGGUCAAUUUCCUCAGAGACGGUGAUGAAGAUUUGGGACCUCCUCAUGUCAUCUCUGUUGCAAUUGGAGCCUCUCAUGCCAUGUGCUUGGUCUCCACGCAACAAAUCGAGAAAUAACGCAUCUGGGGUUUCUGCUUUGUAAAGCCUCUCAUGUUUCGACACUCUUAGAUCCAAGUUCAUUCCAGAGAUGAUCCUGUUCUCUUCCGGUUCAAUUCCGCUGAGCCUGUUGGUGGAAGCUAGAAAGUCCUGCUGAGUUAAGUUUGACAACAGCCAGAUACAAUAAAAGCCUGCCCCAUGCGGAUAAAACCAGAGGAAAGGCUCUCUGGCUGGCUUGUGUCCAGCUAAGACAACUGUAGUUGAUUCAAAUUCUUAAAUUUUAGCACUGAAAGUUAUAUGGGUAGAUGUUGUUCUAGGUCCUGUAGCACUGUGACACGAGGGAUGAUAUACUGUGAAAAGCAUGAAUGUACAACAUGUGCCCUUGUGAGUUCUGACCAAAGAUUCAUAGAUUCUGUUUCUAGUUGAGAUGGCCAGAAGUUGCUGUUCAAUGAACCAACCACUGUUUAAUACAGAGUUGCUGUCAUUCAUUUUAAUACAGAGUUGUUGCCUGGUUUUCUUGCCA